AUGGUUAAGAUUGCUAUAAUUACAUACUCCAUGUAUGGACACAUCGACAAGAUGGCCCAAAAUAUCAAAGAGGGCAUCAUCUCUGCGGGAGGAAUGGCGACCAUCUAUCGUGUGGAAGAGACCCUGAAUGAUGACGUAUUGAAGCUUAUGGGUGCACCACCAAAACCAGAGGGCAUUCCCAUCGCUACCAUGGAAACAUUGAAGGAAUACGAUGCUUUCCUUUUUGGAGUCCCCACUAGAUAUGGUAAUGUGCCUGCUCAAUGGAGUGCAUUUUGGGAUAAGACCGGUGAGCUUUGGAUUAACGGAUCCCUGGAUGGUAAGAUGGCUGGGGUGUUUGUAAGUACUGGGACUUAUGGUGGUGGUCAAGAAGCCACAGUGAAAAAUUUCUUGAAUUAUUUGACCCAUCAUGGGAUUGUUUUCGUUCCAUUGGGUUACAAAGAAACUUUUGCAGAACUGGGUUCGUUGACUGAAAUUCAUGGUGGGUCACCUUGGGGGGCAGGUACUUUGUCUGGCUCUGAUGGGACUAGAACCGCAUCGGAAUUGGAAUUGAUGCUGGCUCACACUCAGGGAAAAGUAUUUUUUAAAAGAGUAUCUCAGUAUUAUGGUACUAGUAAAACACAAGGUACAACCUCUGCUACUACGGCUACUGCUAACAAACAGACCACACCCAAAACUACAGCAGCAACUGGUGCAGGAGCAGGUACCGCUGGAACGAGAGGGGCGGCACCAAACAGAGGGGUCCAAGGAACUUCCAAUAGACAAGAGACACACAACCAAUCCGGUAGUGACUGCUGUGUUCUCAUGUGA